AUGCCCGACCAGAUACCAGAUGUCACUUAUUUCACAAAUAUUGCAGGAUUUUUGGGGAGAAACAAACCAUUUAGCAGUAUCAAUGACAAACUUUUUGUGUUACCUCAAUUCCCACUAACAACCUACUACGAAAAGAAUGAUGAAAAUGCAUAUUGUGCCGUGGAUUCUCAAUGUGAUUCAGAUUUCGGGUGCGAAUGUACUACUGUUCUGGACGUUGGUAGUAAUGUGACAGUCAGACUUGUCAUCAGUGCAGUGGGCGAGGAGAGAAAUAUUAAUCACCCUAUGCACAUUCACGGCCACUCUGUCCAUAUCCUGAGUAUCGGACGUGGUGAAUACAGCCUUGCAAAUGGCCGCUUAGUUAGUAGCACUCGAGACCUGACUUGUACCGAAGACGGAGAUGACACAGAGACUCUUGACAAUAAUCGAUGCCCUAACCCUCGUUUUAGGUCAUCCAACACAACGUUUCCUCUUGACAAGUACACGGUUCGAAAGGACACCUUUAUUGUGCCAGCUGGGGGCUAUGUGGUGGUUUAG